AUUAUGGCUUUUGAAAUCAGGUAUUACAAUGCUAAUUCUUAACACAGCCGAUUUUGUAUUCGUCACUGAUCUCCCAUGUUAGGAAACCCUGUAGUAUAUUUAUAAAAGUGUUAAAUGCAUAAUUCUUAGCGCCGUCUUUUACAUAAAUCAGAGCGUCGGAGAACGAUAUGACUAUGUCUGUUAUUUGUAGCCGGUCAGACCAAUCAAAACUUUCAAAGACACAAAAAAAUAUAUAUAAAUGAAAACAUCAUCUCUAAUCCAAUAAAGGAAAGCUGUCACAUAUUCGACAAAAAAAACCGUUUCCUCACUUGAGGCCGUUUUCUGCCCAGUCUUGAACAAAUUUUGAGAUUUAACGGGCAACGCCCUGGUCAGAUCAGCGAUUGUUUUGAAACAAGCAAAAACGAAGAUGACAAUCAUUCCAUUGUUUUCUGGUUACCACUGCAUUUUCCUCUGAAUGUUCUUGACAAAAUCUGUGAGCAGGAAACACAAAAAUUACUGAGAUGUUUGGGAUUCAGAGCUAACGAGGAGCAGGCCAAGGAAAUGGCCGGGCUGGUUAGCGUGGAUGAAACCGGUUUUUCUGUCAGCUUCAACGAGUACCUUCGUCUAGUCUCACUUCAGCGAAGGGCGGAGCCGGAUGAGCACUCUCUACUUGAUGUUUUCUUGAGUUUUGAUCCUCAUCAGACCGGGAAGAUUGAUGAGAAACAGUUUAGAAGGAUUAUGAGAAGUAAAGAGGCAAUUCCAGAGGAGGACGUGGAGGAGAUGCUUACAGAAUAUAAAAGAAUACAAAGAGUGGAAGAAGGCGAAACAAAAACUGGUGUCAUUUAUUAUAAAGAGUUCAUAUCAAUGCUGCAACAAUAGAUUAAACCCAGGUUAAGUCACCAAUUAUAAUGAACAGAAAACAUGAUAGUUUAAGAAAAUACAAGAGCAUGAUAUGGUUUGAAAGGAUGAAGCCAUGUGGAAUUUAGAGAACAAAUCCCUUCAUUAAUCGUCAUAAAAUAUGCAAAGAUGAUUUUAUAAUCUCGCUUAAUGCAUUUCUCAAUACUAGACUCUAUUUUGAGAAAUGAGUUUAUUAUUUAGUUCACUAGUUCACUGAAACCCGGAAUAUUUGUAUUCGGUCAGAAACUGAAAACUUUAUAAUUGGAUAUUGUUAAUACUGAUGGCUAGGAUCUGAAUAUCCACUGUGAAUACAUUUGAUUUCUGCUUAAUCCGCUAUUUUUCAGAUAUCCCUACUAUUUCGACCAAUGAGGGUUCUUCAUUAGUCACUCCAUGAUUGGUUGAAUUCAGGGCUACUGUCUAAAGAUUAAAAUAAUUUUAAUAUUUGCAAAAAGAAGAGAUGAAGCAUUGUUUUCGAUAUCCACAAUUCUAAAGUUUUCAACUCUGGAUGCUGUCUAAUCAUGCAUCUUGGAAGUGGUGACAUCAGCGACGGAAAUAGAAACUACUAUUUUCGAAAUUGACCGCUAAAAUCUAAGUGGCGCUAAUACAACGAUUUUCGAACGUUCUCAAAAGAGGGUCUUGUUAGACAAUAUUUGAUCAUUUCUGUAUUAUUGUAAUUACCAAUUGUGAUAAGUGUAACGUUCUCGCAUAAUAUUUCUCCUUGCAGAAUUUAAUCUUGCCAAUUUAAAGGUUUUUUUUAACGUAUUUUUGAAUAUAAGACUAUAAAUAA